AUCACACCCUACGAGUCUUCAAUAAGUUGCGACAGCAGAAACCAUGUAGCACAGCGAACGUGAAUGUAGUGGGGCUCUUGGCGUAGGCGCAUGUCGGUCAAUUCCUAAUAUAUCGUUAUCAGCGUGCGCAUUUCGAUUUGGAAACGAAACUACCUUUAUUGUAAUCUUGGAGAUGGCAACAGUUUUGGGCAAUAGUAGGAAAACAAGCGGCUUCUGAGCAACUCAUCUUCCUAGGGCAUUUUGGACACACAACUCACAUUGGACAGGUCAGAUCUGGCAUGGCGGGGAAUUCUGCUAGCCCCAUAGCUGUGAAGACAGAAGAGCACCCGCAAAGUGUCCUCUUCACGUAUUUCCAGGGUGACAUAGGCAGCAUGGUGGACGAGCACUUUACUCGAGCUCUCAACAAAGCAUGCAAGUCCAAAGAAUCUGUCAGAAAGAGCAAAAAGAACCGCAAGUCUAUCAAACCAGAGCCUGAAUCCAAUUCCUGUCAAUGGGGAGCUUCCAAACAGGCCUGGUCAGAGGCCCAUUAUACCCCCAUGUCUGGUCGGCUUCAGCUAAGCACCUCCAAGCAGGCUGUCCCUGGCCUCCCCAUAGCUCUCAGCCCCCCAGACGAUGCCGCUGGUCCCUGGACCUUGGGAGGCCUGGGGCUCCCUCCCAUGACCUACACCCAUGCUUUGUCCCAAGGUUUAGGCAUGACAGGGCAACAAUACAACAACUCCCUGCUCAACCUUCUUCACAGUGACCGAACAGAGAGUCGGAGUAUGGCGUCAGGCUCCAAGCCCAGUGUUCUUCCCAGCUGGACUCACCCAGGCUUCAGAGACCCCAUGGAUCCAACUGGAAACCUGGACCCAGGCGUAGGCCUGGAGAAGAGAGACCUUUACUGGUAUUGAAGGGAGAGUGGUGGUGCAGGGAAACAGACCAUCAUGAGGAUGUUCAUGCAGUGCAAUAUUGUUGUCUGUCUCUUAUGGCUGUCAGACAGAUUCCUGCCAAACUGGCUGCUCCUGCCUCUUAACAAGGAAAAAUGCUGGUCAUUCUCUCUCGUCAUCUCUGACCUCAGUACCUUAAAAUGCCACCACUGGAACUGCCUCUCAAACAUGGAACAGUCUCUGGCAAACCUGUUCGCAAACCAGUUCUUAAAUCAUUGUCAAACACAAGGUUAAUCAACAUGGAAAGCCUACAUACUGCUUAGUAAUUAUCACAUUUUGGUCAGUCGGUAGAAAAGAUUGUUUUUUACUGUUUAUUAUUAUGGUACAUUUUAUUUUUUAAAGAAAAAAUAAACAAGUGUUAAUUUAUAGUAGAACAUUUAAUAUCCAAGGUUUCUCAGACUAUUUUGUGAAAAUGUUGGUGUUUUUUCUUUACUUGUCUGGUGGGUAUCAUUUAAAAAUAGGAAUGUUCAAAUUGGAAGUUUCACUAUUAUUACUGUGAAUGUUCUUAAAUGCUGUUUCAUAUAAGAUUUGUCACUGGAUAGGGUACCUUGUGUACAAUAACUAAUACAGAUUGAAAAUAUCUAUAUUGUAGCACAAUCUUCCCUAGAUAACAAAAUGUAUUUUAAACAAAUGUGUCAAAGAUCCACUCAAAUGUAUGUGUAACUGUGCUGCCACCUUAUGGCUGAGAACAAAGUGAAAUGCAUUAACACUAUCACUUUCCCAUUUUCCUGCUUAGUGACAUAAAAGAGAAGCAGAAAAAAGUUAUUGGGAGCCCAUUAUUGAAUUGUGACACUGCUGUAGCACUGACACAUGGAGAAGACAAAGAGAGAGGCAAAGGGGAUAAAAGGAAUAUAUAUUGAAUACACUUCAGUGUCACUGACAGAAAGUGUCCAAUUUCAGCAUCCACUAUGCUAGCAGUAAGGUUUAGAAGACAGGGCUCUCAAAGUUAGGCGUACCUUUCACCAGUAUUUUUGAGAAUAUCCGAUCUUUAUUCAUAUCUCCUUCACCCUUGUCCUCACACACUAAACACUGAUGUUUUUCGGCAGACACCUUAAUCCAAAGUGAUUUAUAUAAAUUGGUUUUUCCAAGAUUAAAUAAACUGUUUUGUAAAUCCUAGUCAAUGUCAUUAAAAACUUAUAUCAACAGUA